UUUCUAACCAGCUUUACGCUUCGUUGUAGCUUUAUUCUGCGUUUAUGUAAGAACGCAUAUACAUAUAAUAUAUCGGUAAUUCUUCUGAGAAACAAUCGUAAGGAUGGCAAAGCUUAUGAAGCCAGGCCGCGUCGUGAUCGUGCUCACUGGUCGUCGUGCAGGUCGCAAGGGUAUUAUUGUCCAAUGCAAUGAGAAUGUUAGCAAGCGCAGGCCUUAUGCUAACUGUUUGAUUGCUGGUAUUGAUAGGUAUCCUUCUAAGGUUACCCGUAAGAUGAGCAAGGAGCAGAUUAAGAAGCGCCUUCGCAUCAAGCCUUUCGUCAAAUACGUCAAUGUUAACCAUUUGAUGCCCACUCGCUAUGUUGUCACUGGACGCCUUGACCCCAAGGCUCUUGUUACUGACAGUCAGAUGGAGAGUCGCGAAACUCGUAAGGAGGCUCGCAUGGCAUUGAAGGCUGUGUUCGAGGAGGCCUUGAACACUCCUGACCCAACUGAGGGCAAGAUUACUAAGGAUGCUCUGUUCCUCAGGCAGAAGCUCAAGUUCUGACACAUUCUAAAUUAUACAAUCGUUAUUAC